CAAGGACAAUUGAAUUCACCAUGGAAGCCCCUAUCUGUCUAGUGGAAAAUUGCGAGGAGCAGCUGACGGUGAAUCCAAAAGCAUUAGAAAUUCUUCACAAGAUAUCUCAACCUGUGGUGGCAGUGGCAAUUGUGGGAUUGUAUCGCACAGGAAAAUCUUACCUCCUGAAUCGCCUGGCAGGAAGGAAUCAUGGCUUCCCUCUGGGCUCCACGGUGCAAUCUCAAACCAAGGGCAUUUGGAUGUGGUGUGUGCCCCACCCCUCCAAGCCAAAUCACACUUUGGUCCUUCUGGAUACUGAAGGCCUGGGUGAUGUGGAAAAGGGAGACCCUAAGAAUGACUCGUGGAUCUUUGCCCUGGCUGUGCUUCUGAGCAGCACCUUGGUCUACAAUAGCACGGGCACCAUCAACCACCAGGCCCUGGAGCAGCUACAUUAUGUGACUGAACUCACUCAGUUAAUCAGGGCACGAUCUUCGCCCAUAUCUGAUGAAGUAGAAGACUCCACAGAUUUUGUGAGUUUCUUUCCAGAUUUUGUCUGGACUGUGCGGGAUUUCACCCUGGAGCUGAAGUUAAAUGGAAGGCCCAUCACAGAAGAUGAGUACCUAGAGAAUGCCUUGAAGCUGAUUCCAGGAAAGAACCCUAGAAUUGAAAAUUCCAACUUGCCUAGAACAUGUAUCAGAUAUUUCUUUCCAAAACGUAAGUGCUUUGUCUUUGACCGGCCCACAAGUGAUAAAAAUCUACUAGCACAUAUUGAAGAAGUGCCAGAAGACCAACUGGAAUCAAAUUUUAAAAAGCAGUCAAUUCAAUUCUGCAACUAUAUCUUCACAUGUGGGAAGACCAAGACCCUGAGACAUGGAAUCAUUGUCACUGGACACAGACUGGGCUGUCUGGUAGAGAUGUACGUGAAUGCCAUCAACAGUGGAGCAGUGCCUUGCCUGGAGAACGCAGUGACAACUCUGGCUGAACGUGAGAACACUGCAGCUGUGGAGAAGGCAGCCGCCCACUACAUGGCACAAAUGGUUGAGCGAGUGAUGUUCCCCACAGACACACUCCAGGAGCUGCUGGACGUGCACACAGCCUGUGAGAAGGAAGCCAUUAAAGUAUUCAUGGAGCACUCCUUCAAGGAUGAGAACCAGAACUUUCAGAAGAAUCUUGCGGAAGCCAUAGAAAAGAUGAAGGAAGAUUUCUUGCUGCAGAAUGAAGAUGCUUCUGUCAAAUAUAGCCAAGCUGAGCUUAAGCGGCUUUCAAAGUCCUUGAUGGAAAAUAUUUCAGGAGGAACAUUCUCUGUUCCUGGAGGGCACAAUCUCUACUUAGAAGCAAGGAAAAAGGUUGAACAGGAGUUUGCGCUGGUGCCCAGGAAAGGAGUGAAGGCAAAAGAGGUGCUUCAGAGUUUUAUGCAGUCACUGGCAGCAACAGAGAAAUCCAUCCUGCAGGCAGACCAAGCACUCACUGAUGGACAGAAGGCCUUAGCAGCCGAGGAGGCCAAGAGGCAGGCAGCUGAGAAGGAACGGGAACUGCUAAGACAUAAGGAGAAGGAGCAACAGCAAAAGAUGGAGGCCCAAGAGAGAAGUUUCCGAGAAAACAUUGCUCAGCUACAGGAGAAGAUGGAGCGGGAAAAGCAAGAGAUCUUGAGAGAGCAGGAAAAGAUGCUGAAGCACAAGUUAGAGGAGCAAAAAAGAAUGCUUGCAGAAGAAUCUAAGAAGAAUGCUGACGUCUUAAAAGAACAGAUACAACGACUAAAUCAAGAGAUUGAAAAAACAAAGAAUCAAAGUUCAGGGUUGUCAGGGUUCUUAAAUACAUUGGGCAACAUAUUCUCCCUGAUACCUACUUUACCCACUAUGCUACUUGGUAUGGGGUUGAAAAAUCUUGGUUCGAAAAAUUAAUGCCUGGAAAUGAAAAUAAGCUUUUUUUUCUUUCAUUAGCAUAAAAAUGUUACUCACCUUAUUUUAAAUUUUGAAAAUUUUCAAUUAGCAUUUAGCAGGUUCAGUGUGGUUUGUAGUCACAGUUGUAAACAGAAUGUCAUUGUUUUCUGUACAUUUUUAAAAAUCCUUACAUAUGCAUGAAUUUCACAUUUUUCCUGCUUUUAAAAAAAUUUUUAUUGUUAUAAUUUCCCAGGAUGCAAAUUUUUAAGUAUAAGGAUUCCCUUUUCCUCUCUAUGUCUUCCCUCCUACUAUUUCUUUCUAUAUUCGUACGAUGGUAUAGUCUUUUACAUUCUACUGUAAGUGCAUCAUGGCAUUGCUCAUUUUAAAGAUGUUGCAGUAACUUUAUUCAAGUGUGUUUAAAAAUGAAAUGCAACUAUUAAAGAAUAUCAGGUUCUGGCAUCUUCCAAAGUGAUUAACCUUCUGUGUUUUUUGAUUAAUUAUUAUGAAGAAAUGAGAAACGGAAAAAUAAUAAAAUUAUUUAUAAAAACAAUUCCAGUGAAGGAAAAGCACAUGACAAGAUGAAGAACAGUUGUACCGUUUGCAUUAUAAAUGUAGGGAGAUGAUUUAAACUGCACUGAUUCCUUGAUAGAAAAAAGCAGUGAGACUAGAACAAUGGCCAUAAUUGUUUUAAGUAGAUGAAGCAGAAAGUGAAAACUCUGAACUUUACUGAUAAUAAAAGACACGCAAAGU